UUGGUUUGCUAUGGUAGCCACAUCCCUCCUCUGUCCGUCUGUCUGUCUGACGGGCAUUUCAUCCCUCCCAAUUUUAUUCAUUCUUAUCGUUUUUUUUAACCUAACUCAUCAACCCUGCUCAUUCAUAGCCAUGGAUGGUCAACAGCAACAGCUCGUCAACGCGUUUCCAGAUCUCUCCAUCCAUGACCAGGGGGAACAGCUUUCUAGUGCAGCUGAUGAGAAUCAUCAUGGAUUUUGUGCCAUUUGUUUGAAUAAGAUUGCGUUACAGGAAACUGCUUUGGUCAAAGGUUGCGAGCAUGCUUACUGUGUGAUUUGCAUUCUCCGAUGGGCCACAUAUAAGAAGGAACCAACGUGCCCACAAUGCAAGCAUCCCUUCGAGUUUCUCACCAUCCAUCGAUCUCUUGAUGGCAGCAUUCAUGACUAUAUGUUUGAGGAGAGUGUUUGUCUCCUUUUAAGAGCUUCAUGGUUUCAUCCAUUGCGCGUGGAGAGCCAUGAAGUAUUGGAUAAUCAUGUGGUGGAAGAUGUUUACCCUUACGCGUAUGAAGAGGCAUAUGAUGACGAAGACGAAGAUCUAGAUGAAGUCUAUCUGGGCCGUUCAUCAAACAUUAACAUUCGUAUUGGUAACCGAAGGUGGGGUAAUAACGGGUUUGUCAGAGCUGGAAAGCAAGAGGCAAGACCUGUCCAUCAUCAAUCUCAUUCUCAGGACUCGGGUGCUGGUUCUUCUUCACGCGAGCCUAAGAAGAAAGAUGCUGCCGCUAAAGAUGCGGCGGCAGUGGGGCGGCGAGCUAAGAGGGCACUCAAACGUGAAGCUGCAGAUAAAGCCGCUGCUGCGAAACAUCAGCAGCAUUUGGUUAGGCUCGGGCGCGGCUGAUAUACCAGUUUGUGAGCCCAAGUUCAUAUCUCUGUACAGUGUUUCUUCAACAUUUGUGGAAUAAUUGGUUUAGUUUAGUGAUAAGAUGGGUUCAUACUGUGUAGGAUCCCAUAUGGAUCUUACUCAAGUCUGUUAGGGUUGCUGAUAAUUAAGCUGUUAUAAUUUCAUGUUUCUGAUUCUUUUCUUAUAUGAGAUUGGUGAUUUUAAUCCAAUUUGCUGUUAAAAGAUGCCAAGGAAGAAGAUAUGUUGCUUUUUCUGGUCAAACUUUGUUUAAAAUAUACAAAUUUUAUUCGGGCUUU